CCUCAGCCCUGACAGCGAACAUAAAAAGGACAUGUACCCCGGCAGUGUGACGAGACAGCUACUUAGCUAGCUAAUUAGCUAGCUCGUACAGCCGCGGACUUCAUUGUCCACAGAGAUUAUUGACGUCCAAUAGUUUAAUUGAUCAUAAACUGCAGCAUAUAUGUAGCUGAUUGGUCAUUUUAAAUGGCGUUCAAUGGCCACCAGCGCGAGGAUGAAGGUAUCGACGAGGACGAAACGCCCACGAAGCAGCCGCGCUCCGAGAAGGAGAUGCCCGGUUGUUUCAAGACCGAGCCCCACAAUGAGGCGUCCGGCUCGGCCGGAAGAUCCACAUCCGAGCGGCGGACCUCCAACUCGACGAUGAGACAUCGGGCCGACUCGGUGAAGAAAACGAGGCCGCCAUUUCCCUGGUUUGGCAUGGACAUCGGCGGCACCCUGGUGAAGCUGGUGUACUUUGAGCCCAAAGACAUCACGGCAGAGGAGGAGCAGGAGGAGGUGGAGAACCUGAAGAGCAUCCGCCGCUACCUCACCUCCAACACCGCCUAUGGUAAGACGGGCAUCAGGGACGUGCACCUGGAGCUGCAGGACCUGACGCUGUGCGGCAGGACGGGCAACCUGCACUUCAUCCGCUUCCCCACACACGACCUGCCCGCCUUCCUGCAGAUGGGCCGCAACAAGCACUUCUCCAGCCUCCACACCACCCUCUGCGCCACGGGAGGGGGGGCGUACAAGUUUGAGUCUGAUUUCCGCACGAUGGCGGACCUGCAGCUCCACAAGCUGGAUGAGCUGGACUGUCUGAUCCGGGGGGUGCUGUACAUCGACUCGGUGAUGUCCAGCGGACCCUCGGAGUGCUACUACUUUGAAAACCCCACUGACCCGGAUCAUUGCGUCCAGAAGCCCUACACACUAGAGAACCCCUAUCCUCUGCUGCUGGUCAACAUUGGGUCUGGGGUCAGCAUCCUGGCCGUCUACUCUGAGAGCAACUACAAACGAGUUACAGGGACCAGCCUCGGUGGUGGGACCUUCCUGGGCCUGUGCUGCCUGCUGACCGGCUGCUCUACUUUCGAGGAAGCUCUAGAAAUGGCUUCUCAGGGGGAGAGCACCCGAGUGGACAAGCUGGUUCGGGACAUCUACGGAGGAGACUAUGAGAGGUUUGGACUGCCAGGCUGGGCUGUAGCCUCAAGUUUUGGCAACAUGAUGUCCAAAGACAAGAGGGAGUCAGUGUCCAAAGAGGACCUGGCCAGAGCAACGCUGGUCACCAUCACCAACAACAUCGGCUCCAUCACCAGGAUGUGUGCUCUCAAUGAGAACAUAGAGAGGGUGGUGUUCGUGGGAAACUUCCUCAGAGUGAACACCCUCUCCAUGAAGCUGUUGGCCUACGCCAUGGACUACUGGUCUAAAGGACAGCUCAAGGCUCUCUUCCUACGACACGAGGGAUACUUCGGAGCUGUUGGAGCCUUGUUGGAGCUCCUGCAUCCGUCCUAGUCCGUCCCAAACUGCAUCCAAAGAAGAACUUCAUGUCAAUCUGCUGCAAAGACCAUGAGCACUUUAACCUUUUCAGAGUGGCAGUGGGAUGUUACGCCAGCCGUUAGACAGUUAACUGUUACAUUUUUGGUUGCGGCAGGUAAAAUGUCAAACAUUUUCGGGACACUGUUGUGUUCUCUGGCUUCUACAUGUUGAUGCACAUCUGCUGUCGUGGUCAGUAGAUAGAAGUCUUUCUCCUGCCCUGACAAAAGAGUCACUGUCUGCAGGACUUUAAAGAAACUAGUUCAGUCUAAAAAACAUCUCAAGGAAGUUCACCACAGCUGCCUGAAAUACUGUCGGUUAAAAAAAAAAAGUACUCGCUAUUACGUAUUCUUGUCUUGUGGACUCAACGAAUCCUCCAGUUGGGAUCAGGUCCUGGGCCCAAUAUUAGCAAGUACUUUUUAUGGUUUAUUUUAAUUCCUCGUAGACACCAGGUGGAUGGGAGUCACUUCAGUUCUCUGUUGAUAUCCUUUGUGCUACACGUAGAUACCUGUAGCUUUAAAUCAAACAUCACUGGCUUUUAAAAGUCAUGGAUGAUAUCUUUAUUGGUGACUUUGCUAUCAGCUGUUAAUUAUUCUGUCAGGUGAGAUACUGUCCUACUGCUCCUAUUCACCUGGUGGUCUUAAUAAGCCUAAACAAAACACUGGGAAUCAUUUACAGCCACUUAUUUUUUUUAUUAUUUGUGAGCAUUUACUCGUCACCAACAGUUUUCCCGUCACUGGAUGUUGACUAACAUUAAAACUUGUGUGUCCGUGUCUUUCAAAUGACGAAAGUCACAUUUCAUUGUAUUCUUUAAUAGCAACAUUAACUUUUACCGUUAUAUAUGGUCAGUUGUGAAGAUUGUUUCUGCCUCUUUCAGUGAUAAAUGUUCUGUUACAGUAGUUUUCCUUAUUUAAAAUCAACGUUUGUAAAGUUUAUCACCUCGUGUUUUUGCUCUAAGCUGUCAGGAUGUCAGGAAAUCGACAAUCAGUGUUGGGGGUUAGUGACAGAAACUAAACAGCCCCUUUUCCCAAACCUCUGCCCUGCUGAAGUGCCCUUGAGCCACUGCAUCCCUUUCAUUGUCGAGAGAAAGCAAAACAAGAUGAAAGAGAUUUGAUUAAUGUGAAAAUAGAGGUUACGUUGGGGCAUCGCAUCCCUGGUUUUUGUCCCCGAGUUAAAUAGAAGUUAUUUUGAUGCAGGAGGUCGGUGCAUCCCUCCAGUGGAGGUUUUAAGUCACGUGACCGCAGUUCAUUUCUGUUUUAGAACCAUCUUCUGUAGGCACUGAAAUGAAGUAUGAAUGUAGGUCUCGAUCAUCGUCCCUGCGGUUUUUGCUCUUUAAGAGCAAUUUAGCGACGUUGAAGCUGAAACAUUUUGAACCUUGUGUCUCUGAUGUGCGUGUUAUCAGAGCUGUUACACGUCCCCUCAUUUCAUUUCAUGCUUACCCGUCCUAAUUUUAUCGUAAUCUCUUUGCUCAGUAAUCAGUCCAUUGAUGGAUUACAGGGACCAGAAUGAAUCACAACCUACCUAAUGACGAGAUUUGACUCCCAAAGUUGUUGUAAAGUCGGUGGACACAGUUCUUUCAGCCGUCAGUGUGUAAGUUGUAUUCAGUGAGCUGAUUUUAAAUGAAGUGCCUGUCAUGUUUUUGUGUAAAAUACAUUAAUGUGUCCAGCAGUGUGAUUUUAAAAUGAGACAAACUGAUUCUCAAUGUAAUUCUCAAGGUUUCCCGCUGUUGUCUGCUUCUACUUUGCAAAAAAAAAAAAGUACCUUUUGUAACAGAGUUACAGAUUUCUUAUUGCAUUGUCACGAUUAAAUCGAAUAUUUCAUA